GCGCGGGGCCGCGGCCGGUGUCGGUGCGAUCCGGGGAGAGACCCUGCGGGGGGCGGCGGGGAAGACACGGAUCCGGAUCCCCAUCCAGUGCGCCGGCGGCCGUGGUGGUGGCGGCGGCGGCGGCGGGAGGAGCCGGAGCGGCGCGCCGUGGAGGAAGGAAGCGCGGGGCUGGCCGCUGCGUGUGCAACCUGGCUGUUCCUGCUGCCCGCGUCCACUCGCGGCUUUUCCUGCCGGCGCUGCCUGACAGCCGUCCGCUGCGGGUGUUGUCGCCGGGGUCUUUGGCGGGGGGGGGAAGAGCGAGCCGUCCUGCACAGCCCGGAGGCGUGAUUGAAAGCGAGCAAUAAUUAACUGGAGGAGGAAGAGGAGGACGGGGGUGGAGGAAGACGAAGGAGGAAGGCACCGCGCGGCAGAGCCCAGCCGAGCCAGCGAGCGGCGGCGGGACGCGGCAACUUCGGCCGCAGCGGAGGAGCCGGAGCCGUGACCGCAGCGGCCGCCGCCGCCUCAGCCCGCGCCUGCCCUGCCCGAAGGGGGAGAGCCUCGCCGCCUCCCCGGCCGCCGGACAUGUCGGAGCAUAGGGCCGCUGAUCCCAAGUUAUCGACGACGGACAGGGUGGUGAAAGCUGUCCCAUUUCCUCCAAGUCACCGUCUCACAGCUAAGGAAGUGUUUGAUAAUGAUGGGAAACCUCGUGUGGAUAUCUUAAAGGCACACCUUAUGAAAGAAGGGAGACUGGAAGAGAGUGUCGCUUUGAGAAUAAUAACAGAAGGAGCUUCGAUUCUCCGCCAGGAAAAAAAUUUGCUGGACAUAGAUGCACCUGUUACAGUUUGUGGAGACAUCCAUGGUCAGUUCUUUGACUUGAUGAAACUGUUUGAAGUAGGAGGUUCUCCUGCCAACACGCGGUACCUCUUCCUGGGGGACUACGUGGACAGAGGGUACUUCAGCAUUGAAUGUGUGCUGUACUUGUGGGCCUUGAAAAUCCUUUACCCCAAAACACUGUUUUUACUUCGUGGGAACCAUGAAUGUAGACAUUUAACAGAGUAUUUCACAUUUAAGCAAGAAUGUAAAAUCAAAUAUUCAGAACGUGUAUAUGAUGCCUGCAUGGAUGCCUUUGACUGCCUUCCCUUGGCUGCUCUGAUGAACCAACAAUUCCUGUGUGUACAUGGUGGCUUGUCUCCGGAGAUCAACACCUUAGAUGACAUCAGAAAAUUAGAUCGAUUCAAGGAACCACCUGCAUAUGGACCUAUGUGUGACAUCCUGUGGUCAGACCCGUUGGAGGACUUUGGAAAUGAGAAGACUCAGGAACACUUUACUCACAACACAGUCAGGGGGUGCUCGUACUUCUACAGUUACCCUGCUGUAUGUGAAUUCCUACAGCACAAUAACUUGUUAUCCAUACUCCGAGCUCAUGAAGCCCAGGACGCUGGGUAUCGUAUGUACAGGAAAAGCCAAACAACAGGCUUCCCUUCGCUAAUCACAAUUUUUUCAGCACCAAACUAUCUAGAUGUAUACAAUAACAAAGCUGCAGUAUUGAAAUAUGAGAACAACGUUAUGAACAUCAGGCAGUUCAACUGCUCCCCUCAUCCGUAUUGGCUUCCAAACUUCAUGGAUGUGUUUACCUGGUCCUUGCCAUUUGUUGGUGAGAAGGUGACAGAGAUGCUGGUAAACGUGCUGAACAUUUGCUCAGAUGAUGAACUGGGAACAGAGGAAGAUGGAUUUGAUGAAGAUCCCAUUUAUGCACAGAAGAAAGGAGCAACAGCUGCUGCUCGAAAGGAGGUUAUAAGAAACAAGAUACGAGCAAUAGGAAAAAUGGCUAGAGUUUUCUCAGUGUUAAGAGAAGAGAGUGAGAGUGUGCUGACGCUGAAAGGUUUGACUCCAACAGGAAUGCUGCCCAGUGGUGUGCUCUCUGGAGGAAAACAAACACUGCAAAGUGCUACUGUUGAGGCUAUUGAGGCUGAUGAAGCUAUCAAAGGAUUUUCACCCCAGCAUAAGAUCACUAGCUUCGAAGAGGCCAAAGGCUUAGAUCGAAUUAAUGAGCGAAUGCCUCCGCGCAGAGACGUGCCAUCCGAUGCCAACCUUAACUCCAUCAACAAAGCAAUCUCCACAGAGACUAAUGGCACGGACAGCAACGGCAGUAAUAGCAGCAAUAUCCAGUGACCACUGUCCGGGAGGGGGGUUGAGCUGCAGGGCGCAAUGGGGUUGCUGCACGUCAGCAAUGGGAUGUUCUUGCCUCUGAUAAUAGCUUACUUGCUCUGGGGGCCAGGUGUUGGAUUCAGUUUACAAAAAUCAUCAACAAAGAGAUCGUCAACUUUAAUUUGGUGGGAGGGCGGGUGGGGGAGAGACACCUCCUUUGGAUAUGCCUUUAAAUGCUUGUAGAAAAAUGGAAGCUCAUGCUGGUAUAUAUUGCAAAGUUAGGGGAAUGAACAUGUUUUCCUACUACAUUGGGAACGUCUAGCUAUGUUACUGAAAGGCCUUUUAUUAUGUUACUGGACAUGAAAACUUUGUUUAAUUUCUUACUAACUAUUGUACGUUUACAGUUGCAGCACUCAACAUCUACAACAUCGAAACAUUUUUAACAAAAUGUAUAAACUAAAUAAGGACUAUUUAUUGAUAAUGUUUUGCUACUCUUGUCAGACAAUGGCUAUGAAAUAAAUUAGGCACUCUUUAAAAA